UACACCUAAUCAUCCACUCUCUCUUCCUCUGAUAGAGUCAAGUAACUGAGCAACACUUAAGAGAGAACCAAAAGAAUGGGGUUUGAGAAGAAAGAUCUCGAUGUGGUGCUGGUUCCGAGUGGCUUGCUCAUUAUGUUCGGGUACCAUCUGUUCCUCCUCUACAGAUACCUCCAUCAGCCUCACACCACUGUCAUGGGUUUUGAGAACUACAACAAGCGCCUCUGGGUUCAGGCCAUCAUGCAGGGUGAGAGGAGGGACAUUGGCCCGUGCAUCUCUGUCAUCUCUGCCAACAUAACCGCGGCUACGUUCCUGUCCUCUGUCUCGCUCACCCUCUGCUCCCUGAUCGGCGCUUGGAUCAGCAACACCACCAACAACUUCUUUGAGAGCGACCUCAUCUAUGGCGACACCCAGCUCACCACCCUCUCCAUCAAGUACGUCAGCCUCCUAAUCUUCUUCCUCGUCGCCUUCUCAUGCUUUGUCCAGUCAGCCCGGCACUUCGUCCAUGCCAACUACCUGAUCAGCACGCCGAGUCUGAACGUCCCUCUGAAGAGGGUCGAGGUUGCUGUUAUCCGAGGUGGCGAUUUCUGGUCUCUUGGGCUCAGGGCACUGUACUUUGCUCUGAACUUGCUUCUCUGGUUCUUCGGACCAAUACCCAUGUUUGUUUGCUCCAUUUCCAUGGUCCUGUUCUUGCACUAUCUCGACUCGAACACCACACCGUUGAUUGAGGAGUUUGAUGGGAGGCAAGUGGUGAAGAAUGUGGAGCACAGACUGUCUGAGAUGGCAAUGGCCAUCCACAUGCCUUCACAUCAGAAUUAGGCCAGGCCUGAUUUGUUUGUGUACAUCUAGGAAGAAAAAUACACGGGGUCAGAUUUUUCUUGAGGUAUAUAGGCAAUCUUUUGCUAUAAGCUGCAUAAUUGUAC